AUGCCUGCUGCCUGUGAAUCAGUGCUUGAAGAUAUCGAAGAUAUUGUGUCAGCAGAAGAUUUGAAACCACACGAUCGGCAGUUUGUAAGAAAGAAUGUUUUUCCCAAAGUGCGAAAACGCCAUUCACAGAAAAAUAUUGAGAUGGACGAUGAUCCCCCAAGCGACAGCAUUAUUCCCGGUGCUCAGAAAAUCUGGAUUCGUACGUGGGGAUGUUCUCACAAUAAUUCGGAUGGUGAAUACAUGGCUGGACAGCUGGCUGCAUAUGGGUACAAAAUUACAGGCCACACGUGUGGACGCACAGACAAGAAGCCCGUGUCCCCUCCGCUUGCGCUUGUGGGAGAGCUCGAUGGUUCCGUCGUGUUUGUAGCUGAGACUCUCGGCUGC